UCCACAGCUUGCGGAGCGGUAACCUGCCUCACUAUAAACACCCUCCAGCCCGAGAUUAACCGGCGUUUGACCUCGCGAUGCGUAACUUCUCUCUCCCGCUUGCUAUUUAGUCAUAGUUCAUUUAAAAAAGUGUGUUUGUAGAGGUGAAAACGGGAUAUGUUUAAUAAUAAAGCGAAGGGUUUUCGUGUUUACCGGUAGGUUUAAAGAGGCUCGCGGGGGGCCGGUGGUGGACGUAGGGCGUGAAUGACACAAGCAGGAGAGGAGAUCAGAUCAAUCAAUCGCUUUCAGCCUCAUGUGUGUGUGAAUGAUGUUCAAUAAUGGUGCCUUCUCAGACACACGUGAUGCUCAAGUGGCAGGAGCACCUGAACGGGUCAUGGGCGGCGGAGGACAGCCUUAAGACGGCCACGCGUUAUGGAGCCUCUGCUCUCUAUGCAAAACUACUCCACAACAAGGAGGUUGUAGGCCUGGCCCAGCCCGUGCAGGAUCUGAUGGGACCACGUCUUCCUGACUUCCAGUAUGAAUCCAGCGCUGAGGAAGAGAAGGAGGAAUACCUGUCCGCCCUGCUUCACAGCCAGCGCUGCCUUGCCCAUCGCAUGUUGGCGCGGACCCCCUUUGCCCUAUCUGUGCACCACAGGCUGAUCAUUCUACAAAGGGUCUUCUAUGCCCUCCACAGCAAGUAUCACGACCGUUUCCGAGCCCCACUGCCUCCCCAGCCCUCAUCCUCCAGUGCAGAAGGGGGCGCUAUUGAGUCAAUCUCUGAGCCUUGGCCCACUGGUAGUUCCCGUUCCAAAUCGGGCACGGAUGUUCUCAUCGAGAUGGGCGUCCGGACUGGGUUGAGUCUACUAUUCGCCCUCUUAAGGCAGAGUUGGCAGCGUGGGAGUCUUGAGAACCCUCCAGAUGUCGCUCUGUGCAAUGAAGUACUAGCCACGGCAUCUUCGGUCCUGGCCGCUCUGCCCCCUCUCUCAUUGGCCAACGAGAACAAGAUCCCAGCAGUGGGACUGGACUGCCUCGCCCAAGUUGGAGACUUCUUAAAGAAGACGGCAGUCAGCAGGUCCGGGGCAGAUAGGGCGGGUCGCAGGUUGGCUUUAGAGCUCUUGCUUUCUCUGGCGUUGCAAAGAGGAUCCCUACGCUUUCUUUUGGAGUGGGUGGAGGUGGCGCUGGCCGCCUCUGCUUCCUCAACAUCUUCCUCGGAGACUGUUGGGGUGGGAUACGAGCUGAUCCAUCAGACCCUGCAACAGAUGCGCCAGCACACGGCUGUCCGGGGAGAAUCUGUCAAUACUCAGGUGUUGAAGAAAGAUACAGAUGGACUUUGUAGCCUUUCACAUGUCGCGCUCUGUCUCUUUGAAGAGAUCUGUACCCUGGCCUCUAACUGCCUGUGCUCGUGUAGCUCGGGCUCGUCUGCGUCCACGGCCUCAGAGAACGAUGCUGUUAUGGUGUACGUGUGGGGCAGCAACAGCAGUCAUCAGCUUGCCGAAGGAACUCUGGAGAAGAUUUUACAGCCCAAGCUAGCUCAGGGCUUCAGCGAUGCACAGAUGAUCGAGGCGGGACAGUAUUGUACAUUCUCGGUGUCGGCUGAUGGUGCUGUGAAGGCUUGUGGGAAGGGAAGUUAUGGGCGUUUGGGUCUAGGGGACUCUAAUAAUCAGUCCAUGCCCAAGAAGCUAGUUCUGGAACCGCCCCGUAUAAUGAGGAAGGUGUCGUCUUCCAAGGGCUCCGACGGACACACGUUGGCCGUCACCGCUGAGGGUGAGGUGUUCAGCUGGGGGGAUGGAGACUACGGCAAACUCGGCCACGGGAACAGCGCCACGCAGAAGUAUCCCAAGAUUAUACAGGGGCCUCUGCUGGGGAAGGUGGUUGUGUGUGUGUCUGCUGGAUACAGACACAGCGCGGCCGUCACUAAUGAUGGAGAGCUUUACACCUGGGGAGAGGGAGACUUCGGUCGACUCGGACACAGCGACAGUCACAGUCGUAAUGUGCCCACUUUGGUGAAGGACAUCAGUGGGGUGGGUCAGGUGGCCUGUGGGAGCUCUCACACCAUCGCUGUGGCACAGGACGGCCGUAUCGUCUGGUCUUUCGGAGGAGGUGAUAAUGGUAAACUGGGACACGGGGAUACGAAUCGUGUGUACAGACCUAAAGUAAUUGAAGCCCUGCACGGUUUCAUUAUCAGGAAAGUGUGUGCAGGGAGCCAGUCAUCACUGGCUUUGACAUCUGCUGGCCAGGUGUUUGCGUGGGGCUGCGGCUCGUGUCUCGGUUGUGGCUCAUCUGAAAGCACUUCACUCCGACCUCGACUGAUAGAGGAACUGAGCAUCUCAAGGAUCAUCGACAUUUCUUGUGGAGAUAGUCACUGUCUCGCCCUGUCUCACGAAAAUGAAGUGUUUGCUUGGGGUAACAAUGCCAUGGGGCAGUGUGGGCAGGGCCACACCUCAACCCCAGUCACCAAACCCAAGAAGGUGAUUGGUCUAGAGGGAGUGUCAAUACAGCAGAUUACUGCAGGCACCUCCCACAGUUUAGCCUGGACAGCCGUCCCGACAGACAGGCAGUUGGUGGCUUGGCACCGGCCGUUUUGUGUGGAUCUUGAGGAGAGCACCUUCACCUACCUUUGCAGUUUUUUGGAGCGUUAUUCUGACAGCGUCAGUGGAGACACACCACCCGCCCCUUUCUCCUCUAAGAGGGAACAUCACCAGUUUGUGUUGUUGUGUAUGAAGCUGCUGUCCAUACACCUGUCUCUGGCUCAUGCAGGAGGAACGGGGGCUACAGUGCUGGGCGCUCAGGGCCGGCCCCUCAGGAACCUGCUCUUCAGACUCAUCGAUUCCAAUGUACCAGAAUCCAUACAACAGGCGGUGAUGAGCACGCUGUCCAUCGGAGCGUCUCUGUUGCUGCCUCCUCUCAGGGAGAGAACAGAGCUGCUCCACUCGCUGUUACCUCAGGGUCCAGAGAGCUGGGACAGUCUCUCUAAAGGACAGCGUUUACAGCUGGACAUGGUGCUAAACAGCCUGCAGGAACAGAGUCACGUGGCGUCUCUGCUCGGGUACAGCUCACCCGGAGAGCUGAGCGCAGGUCUGGCCCUCCCGCCCACCCCUGAUCGUCCUGCAGGAAAUUUGAGCGCCAACUCAGAAGCAACAGAUCACCUCCAUCUGGCUGAGGUUCUCCUGAAGACCCUGCUGCUCAGUAUGGGCUUCUAUACGGAGCGUGCGUUUGGAGAGCUGGAGAAGAACAGUGAUAAGCAGAGGUUCAGUCAGUCACAGAAACAGACUGAAGCUCCAUCACACUUCCACCACCUGAUGUCUGCUCUCCACAGACACCUGCUGGCUCACUGCUACAUCCACACAGGUGCCGAGGAUGAGAACAGCGUUGUGUUGCUUCAUAAGCACCUGUGUUUGUUGCUGCCGUAUGCAGCGGAGACCUUCAAGAGGUCCACAGUACUGCUGGAGGAGAGCACGCUGGACAAACACGUCAUUAAGAAACUGCACACUGUGUUAUUUGGCUCUGUGGCGGGCAGUCUGCUGUGUCAGGUGAUGUAUUCCCUGCUCCUGCUGCCAUUGGCUGUCGUUAGGCCCCUCCUCCCUCACCUUCUCACACUCCUGGAACACCUGAAUGAGCUCAACUGUUACCUGCCCAAUACGGCACACCUGGAGGACAUGGAGCUGGAGGGAAGCUCACACGAAGCGUCUGAAACCACUGAGCCGAUCCUGGCACCCGAGUCAGAGGAUUGGGAGUGGCUUCUGGACUUGGAGAGGUCUGUAGCUCUUGCUAUUGGCAGAUGCCUUGGAGGUAUGCUGCAAGGCCCGCCCUCUUCCAUCCAAGAGAAGACGACAGAGUUCUGGUUGUGCAACCCGCUCCUGAGAAACGGGCUGGAGAUGGACUUCGAACAGCUCGAUUGGGCAAUGAGUUGGUUGACAGAAGCCGUGUUUAUGGGCUGCGGAGAUGUCAGGUUAUCCGAACUGUGUCUGUCAGAGGAGAACACAACACUGGUGGAACUCGCUCUCGGGUCACCACGAGAACCUGCCGGCGCCCUCUGGAGGAAGAUGAAGGAAUAUGCAGCGAGUAGAGACUGGGACGGUGGCGGGUCAGUGGGAGAUUCUUUAUUAGAAACAGCGUGUCGCUGCUGUUUGGCUGCUCUGCUUAAACACGCUGGUCUUCAUGAAGCAUAUUGGCAAGAAAAAUACGAGCCCUGUGAGGUGCUGAUCGAGAUUUAUCAGCUGGUGUAUAAAAUCCGCACAACCCUCCUGUCCUAUAAGGAGAGUGUAGGAGUCACGAGCAGUGCACAGCCUACAUCUGCCACCAAACAGGCAUCGCUGGGGUCAGAGAGCCCAAGCGAGGAGAGGGAGGAGGGAGGGAACUCAAGAGAACAGGCAGGAAGAGACACAGAUCCCAGCAUCCAGAUGCCGCACACAGCUGAACACAACCAGGACGAUCCAUUAGAAGAGGAAACACCCAGCAUCAGCAGUAUGUACCUGCCGGAGGUGCUGCAGUGUUUCCUGGCCACUCGUGAGGCCAUGCAGCUUCAGCAGAACGAGACCGUGUACGAGUCGUCUGGUACCAGCACUUUACCCAGCAGCACUGAAAGCCCCGGUACCCCAGACAGAGAGCCCCCGCAGCGGCCCUGGGAGCAUCACAGCUCCACCAGCCAGGGUCUGUCCUUCCCCGCCGCCUGUCACCUGCUGGUCUCACGCUGCCUCUUCCUGCUGCUGGGGGUGCGAGCUGCCUGGCAGGAAGAGAGCGUGUCGUCACAGACGCAUGCUGAGAGCGGCACAUCAGGGGCUCCACUUUACUAUGAGGGACUUGGCACAAAUAUGGAGUUGUUGUCUCCCUCUGAGAGAACAUUCGGUGAAAGAGAGAUAACCGAGGAGUCUAGAAGUUCCUCGGGGUCAUUCAGGAAUAAAAUGGGCCUUCCUCUGUGUUCUCUGGGCAUCAUGAAAGAUGCCUGGGAGCGACUGCGGCAGUGUAUCAGCCCCACUACCAUAGUGUGCCCUGGUGGAGGUGGCACCCCUAUACUCGGACACGUCUUCCAUUUUCUGUGUGGGAGUCUCCUCCGGACAUCAGCUCUGGUGGACAAAGAGGGAGGGGCGCAGGCCGACCCAAAAGCCAUCACUGUUGCCAUGGCACAGCAACACCAAAGAGCCCAGGUGCGUUUAGAGGCGCUGUGUCAGAUUUCCUCAUUCCUGUCAGAAAUGGAAGAAAAGAACACGUGCUCUCUAGCGCCCCCUCGAUUCCCUGGCCUCCUGCAGUCAGUGCAGCUGCAGUUCCUCUCGGGAUGCUUUGGUCUGGGAGCACCUAUCACAGGCAGUCUGACUGCACCCAACAACAAGAUUCAUCAUUACACUGCUGGGACUCAAUCGGCUCCUAUAGGCCUUCAGAGGGAUCUGCAGUCUGCGGCUCACACAUUGUACCAGCAGCUUGUGCGUGUGCUUAGGCAAAAGGUGGCGCUAGAGAGAGAACAAGCAGGCUUUUGUCAGCACCUGCUGUUAGCUACGGUCUUUGCUUUGAACUUUCACUAUCAGCCUGUGGAUCUGGUGGUGAUUAUUAAAUGUGGCGUCCUGGAGAUUUUGUCUACGCUGACCGAUAACACAUGUGUGCUGGUGAAUCAGCGCUGGCUGGCCGCCUCCAUGUCGGGUCACAUGCAGCUAGGAGGAGCGGUGAAGCUGGCUGCGGCCAGACACCUGCAGAUAUUUGCCAUAGCUGCCAGUUCCUGUGAGGAUGCUUUGCCAUUGGAGGUGUCCCAGGCUCUCAUGGAUGUCAUGAGCGAACAGUUGCAGGGCCUGUUACAUGCAGUCCACCAGCAGGAGGCGCCAGAAAGAGAGUCUUCCGAGAAUGUGCAAGAGGAGACGUCCAAACAAGAGAAUGUAGGUCUUAGCAGCAGGGUUGUGGAAUCCCAGCUCGCAGACUUUCUUGUCUUCCUAAGACGCAUUUUGUCGCUACGGGUCGCCAAAAGAGCCUCAGCAUUUGUGAAGUGGAUCGAUCCGCUGAUGAACAUCAUCUCAUAUAAGUGUCACUCAGGAAAUCCACGUUUCCACAACCUGCGGACAAAACUGCUGGCCUUCCAUAUUCUAGAAACUCUUCUGCCGAUGUGUUCAGACCCCACCGUGAUGAAACAAAUUGUGGAUCAGUUAUUUAGCCUUUUAUCCACAUACAUGUGGGAAGAACCCGUAGCCUUGAGAAAGCAUGAAGAAAAAGCUUCAGAGAUCACAAAUAAGGGCGGAAGUGAGGAUGAAUGUAUUCCAAUCGGUGAUUUCUCCUUUGAUCCUCACAAGUUGAUUUGUUGUUCUCUGGAAAGUGGGAAUAUACUGUCCCACGGGUCUGGCGGGAAAGGAUACGGUCUGGCCACCACUGCAAUUACAUCAGGAUGCUUUAUUUGGAAGUUCUUUAUCACUAAAGAGAACAGGGGGAAUGAGGGGACGUGUAUCGGAGUGUCCCGCUGGCCCAUCCGCGACUACAACCAUCGGACCACCACAGACAUGUGGUUGUACCGGGCGUACAGCGGAAGCCUGUAUCACAGUGGAGAACUGGGCCGAGCCCUGCCCUCAUUCACCCAGGGCGAUACCAUCACCUGCAUUUUAGACAUGGAGGCUAGAACCAUCUCCUUUGCCAAAAACAACAGGGAACCCAAGUUGGCUUUUGAAGGUGUAGACGCCACAGAACUCUAUCCCUGUGUUUUAUUCUACAGCAGCAACCCUGGAGAAAAGGUGGCGCUGUGUGACCUGCAGAUGCGUGGAAUGCCAAGCGAUCUUCUGCCAGGCGAGCCCUUGUGCAGCCCGCGGGCGACGGUCCUGCUGGAGUCCACCGUUCAGCUGCUGAGACGACUGUAUGUCAAUGACGAAUGGGUUCAUCAUAUCAACCAGCACAUGUUGAACAAGCUACAACUGAUCCAUCCACUCAUGAGGGAGGGAGCGCACCGCAAGAUCGCAGGUUCUCUCAGCAAUGAAUCGGAUGAUAAAUGUGAGGUGAACAAAGAGAGGGGCUCUACUUGGGCUGAUGUGGGGACAUCUACAGACCACCUCUCCGGACCAGCGGGUCUCUCUGACGCCCAGCUUUGCGUCUUGUGCACGGAGGUCUGGCCUGUCAUGGCCCUCAUCGGAGGGGUGGACAGUGGUCUCCGUGCCGGAGGGAUUUGUCGGCACAAACCCAGCGGGCGACGGGCAACUCUUCUCGGGGUAUUGAAAGAGGGAAGCCCACUUGCUAAACUACAGUGGGAAGAGACAGAUUUUACCGUGAGCUUCCUGAAUUCUUGGUCACCUAGCGACACUCCUCUCUCCUCGCUGGAACCGUGCGACGUCCCCCAGUUGGACAUGUCUCGGUGCUGUGGCCUCAAACCGUCCGUGCUCUUUGACCUCAUCCUGAUGACCGGCAUCUUAGAAGAGCAAGAGCCGCCACCCGGGACGUCCGGAUUGCCCCGGAAUAGAAUCAGCUCAGAGGGCGGACCGCGGAGCGAGCUGGAGAGGCGGCUGGACGAGGACAUCGCUCGCAUCAUGAUGGACGAAGACGCAAUGUCCUGCUCGGUGGACGGGGAGAGGAAAGAGGACACACCAGAUGAUGCGUUAAGAUCUGUGAAGCAACCGAUUGAAGAGUGCAAUGGCGCCCCCUGUCCACCGAUACUUGCACUACAAGCCCGUGUAGACUUCUUUGCUCUGGAACUACGUGCCAUACGCAUUUCUUACCUCCUGCUGGGGGCGUUGAAGUCUCUGGCUGUCAUUCUCAGCUGCGGUAAAUUCUCCGACCUUCUCCUGGUUCCCAAAUCGGAAGCAGGGGCCAACAUAACUAGUCCUGAUCCAGCGAGGACUUCUGCCGAAGGGGAGGAAAAUGCAGAGCUGCGCUCCGUGCUGCAGUUUGUGGUGCGGAGCAUGGUGAAGUGGGCGGUCAGACCCUGUCCAAUAAAACAGGCCGUGGCUUUGUCAGAUCUCGAAAGGGCUCAGAUCAUCAUCUUCAAAGGAGCACUGAGCAGACUGCAGGGGGAUGGAAACAAGGAACACAAAGAUUCUGCAGGUAAUUCUUCAUCACAGCCCGUGUCCAAAUCAUCCAGUUCAGUCUCACUGUACAGCAACGGUUCUGAGGGAACCGCCAUCUUCGGCCAAUCAGCUUCCCCCUCCACCAAUGACCUCACAGCCUCACUUCUUACAGCCCUGCACUCGGACGGCCUGGACAACUUUAACCCUUUCCUGCCCAUCAACCUGCUGCAGCGGAUGGUUCUGGCGCGUUUUCCCACAUUGGCAGGUCUUGUCCACAGUCCGGUUCUGCCCCCCGGGCUCAGCCUGACUAGCUCAGCAUCAUGUGAGGGGUUUACUGAGCAGCAAACCAGCUUCCUCGAGCCCUGCGGCCAGACCAGGACGCCCGUGGAACAGCCUCAAAUGUUUGUCCCUGUUCGAUUACUUGAAAUGGGCUUUUCAAUGAGACACAUCUACAGAGCCAUGGAGGCAGCAGGGGUCACGGGCGAGGUGGACUCUCGCACCAUCGAGGUUCUGGCCAGCUGGAUGCUGGAACACCCUCUUACUGAAGAGCAGGAGGUGGGAGAGGGUUCGUCAACAGGGGGCGCCACCGAUACGCCCUCAUUUGAAGGUCCUGAGACACUGCAGUGUCCCGAGUCUCCUGCCACACUGACCCUGCAGGACAGCAGGGAGCCCAAUGAGAGUUUAUUAGCAGGUUUGGACCUGGUGGAGAGAGAGAACUUUUUAGAUGUUCACUUGACCAGAAACAGACCUCCUCCUGCACGCAGACAGAGAUCCGGUGUAAGCCAGAGGACUUCCUUCAGGAGAGCAGAUUCCCCAUCUCCCAGUCCUGUGCCUAUGCUGUACAGACAGGAAGUGGGCGUUUCAGAGUGGCCCGAGCGUGCUGAAACGCAUCCGUUUGCGGCUGAAGAAGAGUCUGAACUGGGCUACAUGGACGACCCGUACCACGAAGAACCGUACGAGGAGCUUCUCACGCCGGAGUUCAUUAGCUCGGAGAGGGACACACUUUGGAUGGUGGAGGGACGAGAGGAACAUCCAGAAGCUCAUGAGAUGGUGGAGUGUGAACUGUGCAGCACUCUCACUCUUCAGUUCAACAACCACAUGAAGCGACAUCACCCUGGCUGCGGUCAAAGCGCUGGUCGCCGUGGUUACCGCAGCAACGGGGCUUAUGUGGACGGCUGGUUUGGAGGUGAAUGCGGAUCGGGCAGCCCCUAUUAUCUCUUGUGCAGUGCAUGCAGGGAAAGAUAUCUGGCUUCCAACCUGGGCCUGAUGAGCUCCAAACAGGACAGGGCGAGGGGUUUGGUGUCUGAUCUUGUUGGUCAGUUGGAUGGUACAUCAGAUGACGAGUGGGAUCCAGGUUACCCGGAGGAUCUGGACUCAGACCGCUUGACGGGUUUGGAGGAUUUUGGGACUCUUUUGAGACCUCUAGGUUUGAGUGAGAAGAAGCCGGUUCCUGACCCGAUUCCUUUCUCAGAGCACGACCCGCUCGGAGCUCUGGCCAGCGGCUCUGUCAGUGCUGACAGCAACCUGCUUUACAAAGGUGUGGUGAGCACAGAGCUGAAGAGUUCUUCUGUACAUCUGAGUCUGGGAGAGCAGGCGGCGUCUCUGCGGGAGCCUCAGGAGAGACUGCUGGCUCUGAGGAGAGUCACCUCCACCGCUCAGAUCCUGCUGGCUUAUAGCAUGGUGAUGAGAGCGCUCUCCCAAACCUCCUCCAGUAGUUCCGUGUGUAACCGGUCUAGUGGUCUCGAGGCUUUGGGUUUGGCUGACAUCCGUAUCUUGGUGCGACUGAUGUGUCUAGCGGCAGGGGGCCGUGUCCACACAGGUCUGGAUCAGCAGGGGAUGGGGCGUGGCUUUGUGAGCGAUCGCACAGGCUCCGCCUUCCUGUCCUUCCUCAGCUCAGCUAUUGGCAGUUUAGUGUCCCACAGUUCUGCAGCCUACAGAGAAUUGGUGGACAUCUGCACGCAGGAUCUCAUGGCUGCAGCUACAGGAAUGAACGUCAGCGCCAUCACCGAUCCACAUCAUAGGAUGAAGAAAGGCUCCGCCCACAAAGGGGCAGCGCAGGAGCCUAGAGAGCUGACCCCGCCUACUUUUCUGGUCACGCAGAGUUUGGUGUCCCUGCUGACGGAGAAAGGCAUCCGCUACCGUUACGGUGCGGAAAGAAGCGAAUCUGCUGAAUUAAAGGAAGGAGGAAGCCCCCCAGCCUCCAGUCCCCCCAAAUCUCUGGCUGGGGUGCGUGUCGGCCCGCUGGAACUGGCUAAUGCUUUGGCUGCCUGCACACUGUCAGCCAGGUUGACCAGCACACACCGUCAGUGGGCGGCACAGCAGCUGGUCCACGCCCUGGCCGUCUCUGAGAAAGAAAACAGUGCCAGACCCCAGACCUACAGCGACAUGGCUGGAGACCUGCGCAAGUGCUCCAUCAGAAAGCUUGAAGGACAUCAGAACAGGGUGAGCAGCUGCGUCUGGAAUGCAGAACAGGGUUUGCUGGCCACCAGCUCACAGGAUGGAACCGCUCGACUGUGGAACAUCACGCCAAACACGGCCGAACUGCAGCAUACACACACCUGCAGCGUCAGUGAGGAUACAGAGAGCUCAGAUGGGUCCAUGGGGUCUCAUCUGCUGUCCGCUGUAUCAUGGAGUACAAGGGGGACACUGCUGGCCGCCUUCCAGAACAAACUCAUCAACAUCUGGACCGCCACCGGUUCUCAAGCACACGUAGAAGCUCAAUCAUCGUGGGUCACAGCGCUCUCGUGGGUCCAGACCUCAACUCCAUUCCUCAGUCAGGAAGCCUGCAGCCAGACGAGCCCUCCUGAGAGUUUACUGGUGGGUCGUCUCGACGGCUCCCUCUGCUGGUUGGAGGUCACUGAAGACUUAAGGGUGGAGAGCACCGAACUCACGCACUGCCACAGGAAGGACGCACCUCAGUGUGUGGCCUGGUACAGUGUGGAUAAACCGUUUGCCGUGGGGUAUCCAGAUGGCAAAAUUCUUUUAGCGGCAGCAGAAAGCUACGAAACUGAUCCUAUUCUUUUGACAGCAUUUCCCGAGUGCGUGAGUGGACUCAGGUGGGAUCCCACAGGUCAUCUUCUGUUGUCCGUCGGCCGUUCGGACGUGGUGAAGAUCUGGGGUCGUUCCAACGGCGCAUGGGUGACCCUUCAUUCCCUGUUCCACGCGGGCACCGUCAACACAGCCGAGUGGUGCCCUCUGCCCGGGCAAGGGGCGGAGCCUCGUCUUAUGAUGGCUGUUGGAUGUCAAAAUGGCCUCCUGUAUGUCUGGACUCUUCCUCAAGGGGGCGCUAGUGUAUCAGUGCCCAAUUUCCUCUCCCCCUCAACCAGCCAAGACAAGAGCAGUGCCAUCAAGAGGGGUAACGCCAAAUGUGUUUUUCGACUGAGUGGACACAUUACCGCGGUAAAAACGCUGUCAUUUUGUCCCAGUGGUCUUGCCCUAGUGUCUGGAGGAAUUGGAGGUGUGCUGAACAUCUGGUCCCUGCGGGAUGGCUCAGUCCUGCAGACUGUGGUAACUGGAAUGGGCUCAGUGGUUUGUACCACCUGGAUACCACACACAGGGGUGGCUGCCUGCUCUGGCAGAUCAAAGGAUGUUUUGUUAAUUCGCUGUACUCCCGACUGGAUCUCGCAGAAUCACGUUCUGGUGUCGUGUCGCUCUGUUCUCCGCAGUCAGGGCAUUCUGGGAUUGAACCGUGCACCCUGCAUGGCCGUCUUUCUUGAGAGACUUCCCACACUGCUACAGGAGCAGUACAGCUAUGAGAAGGUUCAUGUGAUGACAGGAGAUCAGCUGACCCACAGUGCCUUCCUACAGAGUUUGGCUGCGCUCGCCGUGGGUCUGUUCCUGGAUCAGUUGCUGUGUCGGCACCCCGUCCCACCUCACCACACGGGGACGGGACCAGAUCAGGACAGCACCCCCGGAUCCCACUGCCCCUCAGAGUGGAACUGGCUGUCAACUUACUCCACCACAGUGAAGAGCGCAGAGGCUUUUGCUCGUGGCACACCCUUCCCAGAAUCCUUCAAUGUACCAGAGUUUCAUGAGCCUGGUGCCACAGAGUUCCCCAAACCAAUGGACAAUAGCAAAUGGACCUUCAUGAUGGAUGAACAGCUCAUGUCCUGGGCUACCUGCAGGCCUGAAGACUGGCAGCAAGGUGGUAAAAGCGAUGUAUAUUUGUGGGGUAACGGACGUCAUGGGCAGCUUGCGGAUGUUGGAACGAGCGCAUCUGUGCCCACUCUCGCAUCUUCACUCUCUCAAACACAACAGGUGGUGUGUGGUCAGAACUGCACAUUCUUGGUUCAAGCUAACGGUACAGUACUAGCAGUAGGAGAGGGCAGUUACGGGAGGCUUGGACAGGGUAACUCGGACGACCUCUACGCACCCACCAUCAUCUCAGCCCUACAAGGUUACGUGGUGACACAGCUAGUGACAUCAUAUGGGUCGGAUGGUCACUCUCUUGCUCUCACAGAGACUGGAGAGGUGUUCAGCUGGGGUGACGGGGAUUAUGGGAAACUGGGUCAUGGGAACAGCGAAAGACAAAGACGACCCAAACAAAUAGAGGGACUUCAGGGAGAGGAAGUUGUGCAGCUGGCUUGUGGUUUUAAACACUCUGCUGUCAUCACAUCUGAUGGAAAACUUUUCACAUUUGGAAGUGGAGAUUCGGGACGCUUGGGUCAAAGGUCGACUUCCAACAAGAUGCUUCCAGAAAGGGUUACAGCACUGGACGGGCAUCACAUAGGACAGGUGUCUUGCGGUAUCAACCAUACUUUGGUCCUGUCAUCGGACGGCCUGACCUUAUGGGCAUUCGGAGAUGGUGAUUAUGGUAAACUCGGUAUCGGACCGUGUACUGUCAAGUGUUACCCACAGAAAGUGGAGGUUCUCUGCAACAAGGGAAUCAAAAAGAUCGGAUGUGGAACUCACUUCUCGGUCGUUCUGGAAGAUGGACACGUGUACACAUUCGGCCAAGAGCGCCUGAUAGGUCUGCCCGACUCUAUGCUGAAGAGUCAUAACCGGCCACAGAUCAUCCCUGCUUUGGAGGGCGUGUUUGUUGAAGACAUUGCUGUUGGUUGUGAGCACAUCUUGUCUCUGUCUAACACUGGAGAUGUCUACGCGUGGGGCUGCAACUGCGAGGCUCAGCUGGGUCUGGGUCACUCAAACCCUGUCAAGGAACCCACUUUGGUGACUGGUCUACAGGGCAAAAACAUCAGGCAGAUAUCUGCUGGACGCUGCCACACCGCUGCAUGGACCACACCAGCUUUGUCACCCAGGGCUUCAGGUUGUUCAGGGAUCCAGCUGGGUCUGCCUCAGUCCGUACCCCCUCAGUAUAACGCCCUGAACGACUGCAGCCCCGAGGUGCUAAACACCCGUCUCCGAGUCCUCUACCACUUUUCUGACCUCAUGUAUAAGUCUUGGAGGCUUCUAAACCUCGAUCCCAUCAGCCAGGUGAACCUUUCCCGGUAUAGCUCGGGUACAGCUGCCAUCGUGCAGGGUCAGCUGCGAGGCCUGCUGUCCCCGAAAGUCAACACCCUUCCUCUGGUGCGCACGAUCGGUAGGACCAUGACCCAGGGAAAAACCUACGGCCCGCAGAUCACGGUCAAGAGAAUCUCAGCUAGGGGGCGCUCCAGCAAGCCCAUCUUCGUGCAGAUCGCUAAGCAGGUGGUGAACCUAAACCCCACCGAACUGCGUCUGCCGUCCAGAGCGUGGAAGGUGAAGUUGGUGGGAGAGGGAGCGGAUGACGCGGGGGGCGUGUUUGACGACACGAUCACUGAAAUGUGCCAGGAGUUGCAGUCUGGUGUGGUGGAUCUGCUUAUUCACACUCCAAACAGCACUGCUGACGUUGGGAGCAACACAGACAGGUUCUUGCUGAACCCAGCGGCAUCCUCCGACGACCACAUGGUGCAAUAUCGCUUCUUGGGUAUUCUGAUGGCAGUGGCCAUUCGUACGAAAAAGCCCCUGGAUCUGCACCUGGCGCCGUGGGUUUGGAAACAGAUGUGCUGUAUUCCUCUGGGAGCUGCUGACCUGGAGGAGGUGGACCUGCUCACGUACCGCUCACUUCAGGGUAUCUUGCACCUGGACAACAGUGUGAUCAAUGAAGAGAACUUCACAGUGAUGAUACCUCUGGACUCGUUUGUGGCUCACAGCGCUGAUGGCUCCUUAGUUCCUGUGGUUCCCGGUGGGCGUCACCUCCCUCUGAACUUCUCCAACAGAAACGAGUACGUGGAAAGAGCGCUGAACUACAGACUUCAUGAGAUGGACAGACAGGUGGCGGCAGUGCGGGAGGGCAUGUCGUCCAUCAUUCCCAUCCCGCUGCUUUCCCUGCUCACGGCGCGACAGCUGGAGCAGCUGGUGUGCGGUCUGCCCGAGGUGUCCGUGGAGAUGCUCAAAAAGGUGGUGCGUUACCGCGACAUCACCGACAGCCACCAGCUCAUUGGCUGGCUGUGGCAGAGCCUGGAGGAAUUCACCAAUGAGGAGAGAGUUCUGUUUCUGCGCUUCGUGUCGGGACGUUCCAGGCUGCCAUCCAAUCCAGCGGACAUCGCACAGAAGUUUCAGAUCAUCAAAGUUGACCGGCCCCUGAACGGCCUUCCCACAGCUCAGACCUGCUUCUUCCAGCUCCGCCUUCCUCCCUUCACAAGCCAGGCAAUACUAGCCGAGCGCCUGCGCUAUUCCAUUCACAACUGCCCCUCCAUAGACAUGGAUAACUACAUGCUCUCCCGCAACACCGAGCCGACCGACGCCUCCGAUACCGAAUACUGACACUCCGCUUGCAGAUGCUUUUACAUUCAUGCACAGAAAACAAAAUAACUCACUCAUACAGUAUGUUGUAUACGCCUCCGGUUGGUCUUAGUUACUCAUACAUGCAAUACAAUUCUCGUCAAUAAAAUCGAAAGUACUGUACAGUACCCAGAAUGCACUACAACAGCCAGUUCUUCCACUAGGUUAAGGAAGAAACAUUUUGUUUGUUUUUGGACUGUCUCUGAAUGUUCCAGGAUGCUUCCUAAAGACUCUAAAAUAAGUAAAAAGGAAUUUAAAAGAAAUGAAAUACGAUAUUGAUAUGAGCUUUGUGCCUGGAAUAGUAACGAGGCUGCUUGUGAAGUUAGUGGCAUAAGUUGGGCUUGGUUCGUCGUGAGCACUUGGCAGCUAGCUUCCUUACGCCGUAGGUUACGCCGAAGGCUAUUAAACCACCGUACUGUAAAAUGAGUUCAUAAAAAGUGCUGUUAGUCUGAGAAACGCAGCCCGCGGCGAUCACGACAGUCGGGGAUGUGUGUCGUCUCCGAGGCUUCAGUUAAUUGUAUCUUGAAUGAAUGUAUACAAAUGUCACGCACGUGUGCACUGAAACAUACUUUUAUUUGCCAAAUACUGUACUAACGCUGUACAUUACAUUUCAUUUUAGCCUUUUUUGCAGCUGCGAUGAAGCGUGUGGAUACGUUUGGUGACGAUGUGUUGUGCGUUCUUCACAAGAGGAGAACGCUGGUUUAUGCUGAUAGAGCGUCAGUGUGUUUGUGUGUUUUGGGCUUGUGUGGAAGUAGUGCUGAUGUAAAGCACAUUUCAGUUUUUACUUGUGCGGUGAAAUUGUGUUUUACGCAGGAGAGACUCUCUGUAUGCGGUGGUUUAGAGUAUUGCUAAAUUAUUGUUGUUUUUUCCUAAAGAAUAUUUAUCUGAGUGAGCGUUUUGUGUUGAAAGCCCCACUCGGAAAUGACACUAGAUGUGUACGCAUUGUGCUUUAGCAUAAAAAAAAUCUCGCUAUGAUAUUUACAGAUUUCAAACCCUGAACCUCAACAGAUAUAAUCAUCUUGGCUGAUUUUCUAUGAAAGUACUCUUUGUCUAACAAUGAAAGAUUUCAUGAAGUCUGAUUUAAUAGUGUGUUCUUGUUAUUCAAUAGGAUUAUUCAAUAUGGAAGGUAUACGUUCAUUUCAGAUUAAGCCAUAAAACGGGUUCUCACGAGCUGUGUGAUAUCGUUUGAUGGCGCCACAGAUGGAAGUACUGUACUGUAAAUUAAACUUUGUGUACAGA